UAAAUAAUAAAUUUGGCAACAAUAAAAAUCAGGGGCAGCAAUAUAAGGUUUCCGCGGGCGAGUGAAGAAUCCAGAAGCAUCAAAUCACAAAAACGGCACUGCGCAGCUCUGUCUUGAAUAUUUCACCCAGGAAAAGAUGUUGGAGUUUCGUUCUGGUAAAAUGCAUUUAGAGGGUAAAAAAGUUGUCCCUGAUCCACGUAAAGGACUUGUUCGCAUAACAAGGGGCGAGGAGGGAUUGGUCCAUUUUCAGUGGCUUGAUCGCAAUCGGAAUGUUGUUGAAGAUGAUCAAAUUAUAUUCCCUGAUGAGGCAGUUUUUGAGAAGGUCAAUCAAGCAUCAGGAAGGGUUUACAUAUUGAAGUUCAAUACAGAUGAUCGGAAGUUUUUCUUUUGGAUGCAGGAGCCUAAAGCUGAAGAUGAUGAGAAGUUGUGCAACUCUGUCAACUAUUAUAUAAAUCAGCCAUUGGAUCUUGGUGACGAAGAGCCUGAUGCUUCAGCUCCUUUACAAGUUUCUGAAGACAUGGUUGAAGAUGAUAUCUCAUCAAGGGCAGGUAACUUAAUUGUACCAAAUUUAGGUGCGGAAGUAAUUAGUGAUGUAACCUCUUCAUCAGGACCAGUGAAAUUGGAAGACCUACAAAGGAUCUUGAAUAAUAUUGGGCAUACAGGUAGCGCUGGAGAUCCAGAUGGAGGCUUGGGAUUAGGGGAUAUCCUGAAACCUGAUUUAAUAAUGCCAUUGAUUGAUACAUUGCCGUUGGAAGAAAGACUAGCUUCAUAUUUGCCUGAGGGUCAGUGGACUCCAGAGGAUAUUUUGGAGUUGCUGCAGAGCCCACCUUUCCGUCAACAAGUGGAUUCUUUUACUUAUGUACUUCGAACUGGACAGGUAGAUUUGUCUCAAUUCGGGAUAGACCCUAGUAAAUACAAGUUCACAGUUUCGUCUUUUCUAGAAGCACUUGAAGAUUCAGUUUCCAAGGUUCCUGAGGAACCAAGACAAGAGAACGAGGAUUUAACAUCUCGGUCUUGUGAUCGAAAUGAGCCCAUGGACGAGAGCCAUUAGUGGAGGCAGUUUCCUCCAACCCUGUUGUGCAUCUCUUUUGGUGAUUCAUUACAGUAGAGACCUUCUGCCUGAUAUCUGUCUCACCCGUUUUUUGGGUCAUUUUCACGUCUCUGGCAUUGGGCAGGUGGAACAGUAACUAGGAAAAGGAAAGUGUUCAUUUGGGUUUAAGUUUAUGAUUUAUGUGAACAUGGAACAAAUCUUUUCUUUUCUUUUUUUUUUUUUUGAAAAAAAAAAAAGAAGAAUUAUUACAUGUGCUCAAAACAUUUAGGGGAUGUUUUUUUGGUUCUCAAAUCAUUGUAGGAGGUGAUAUUUGACGGUUGUGAUACAUUGAGCCAUUUGAUUUUAGUAUGGUUCAUGGAAAUUAAUAGUGUGUGUAAAUGAUAUAUGUGUGGUGUUUGCA